CCUAGUUAAUUUAAGAAAAAUGCUUAUUUGUCAUAAUAAUAACUAUUUUUAUGGAUCUAUAUUGUUAUACACCAUUGAUCACACCCUUCCCAAACCUACCUCAAUAUUGAAACCUCACUUUCACCCAACAAUACACCAUUUCUUCUUUAUGUCAUCAUUUUCAUCUAAAAUCCUCCAAAAGCUAUCAUCAUUUCACUAAUGUCUUCCCAAAAACACAAACAAACAAACCUUAAACAAGUUUGAGAGACACAAAUGUUCAUGUUCCAUAAGACACAAAAAUUUCUUCAUUCAUGGGUUGUUCAGUCUCAAAAAACUUUACAAUAGUAGUGAAAAAUUCUGAUGAUAACUCUUCUUGUUCUUCACCACAAGUUCCAAAAGCUUUUUCUCUUCCAAUGCCUCUUGUUCAUCACCCUGCAACAAGAAAAGGUGAUACUCACCAUCUUGUCUCUCUUACAUCAACCACCUAUGGCUCUCUUCUCAUGAUUGACCAAAAAUAUUCCAACUUUAACUCUAAUAGUUGUUUUGAUGGCGAUCCCGAAAAAUUGAACCAAACACAGGUAGAACAGUCAUUGUCUCCUGACUCUGUCAUCAACACCUGGGAACUCAUGGAUGGCCUCAAUGAUGAUGAUGAUGGUGGUGAUGAUGAAAGUUCCAAUUUUGACAACUCAAUUGAUUCAUCAAUGAAACCAAGUUCAUGCAAGGAAAAAUCAUUUGAUGAUUCUUUCUCAGAAACUAUGAUGGAGAAUAAGAAAAAGCCACUUUGGCAGCAUUUAUCUGAGGAAUCAUUGCUUGCUAAAUUAGAUCCAAAUGUUGUUUUGAGUUACCGGAGAGCGUUGUUAUCACGAAAACAAGGAACAAUCGAUAACAAUCUAGCCAGUCGUGCAGUGUCGUCAAUGGACGAAUCUAGCAGUAAUAGUAUUAGUAAUAGUAAUAGUCCUUUGAGUUAUUGUCCAUAUUCUAACAAUUUACAUAGUGGUGAAGAUAAAAUAGUGUUAUAUUUUACGAGUUUAAGAGGUAUUCGUAAGACGUAUGAAGAUUGUUGUUCAGUUAGGAUGAUAUUGAAGGGAUUUAGAGUUGCAGUAGAUGAAAAAGAUAUUUCAAUGGAUUCAUCUUAUAGGAAGGAGUUGCAGAAUAAACUUGGAGACAAAGUAAUGGUAACUUUGCCACAGGUUUUUAUUAGAGGAAAACAUGUGGGAAAUGCUGAAGAAAUUAAGCUGCUUAAUGAGUCCGGUGAAUUGGAAAAUCUUUUGAAAGAUUUUCCUAUUAAGGAUUCUUGGAUUGUGUGUGAGAGUUGUGGAGAUGCAAGGUUUGUUCCUUGCUCAAAUUGCAAUGGUAGUAGGAAAGUUUAUGAAGAGGAAGAAGGGGAAUUGAGAAGAUGCAUUCAUUGUAAUGAGAAUGGCUUGAUACGAUGUCCUUGCUGCUGCACAUGAUUAUUGACGAUGUUUUAGCUUUAACCGGUACUAGAGAGUCUCUAGAAGGCUUCACUAGCCUUGAAGAAAAGUUGUCGUGGAUGUUGUUUGUGGAUGGAUGUUCUCUGCUGCAUAUCUUGGAGCAUGCCGAUUUUGGAAAACCAGAAGCUAUGAAUAUUAAGGUUGAUUAACUGGUUCUUGUGAUGAUGGAUACACUUUUGUUAGAGAAUCAACUUCCAUAUCUUGUACUGAAACUGUUGUGGAAAAAUGACAAUGAAGACGAGUUGAAAUACACCAUGAAGGAUUUCCUCAAAUGUCAUCAUUGGGCCUCACCAGACAAUUAGGGAUGGCAAAAAAACUCAAACCCGAGAGACCCACCCGAACCCAAACCCAAGUCAACGGGCGAAAUCCG